UAACCUCAUCUCUGUUUUGGGUAGUUUUACAUAAAUGCAGUAAUUUUCUACAAAAAUUACACACUCUCGAGUUUUUACUCAUCAUUGUACAAAGUGCAGAUUUCAAAAAGUUAACAAUGGCAGAAGGAGGUGAUAUGGAUCUGUCCAGUUUCAUGGAGGUUGUUACGACAUACAAGUGCAAGUUUUGUGCAUAUGUCUGCUCACAGCCACAAAUGAUGAGCAACCAUGUGAAGACAUCUCACAUUCAUCUGAAGCCCAACAACACCACCAUGUCUGUCGAUAAAAGAACAACCCAGUGUGUUCAGAUGGUAGAAAGCUGUAGCAAUCAGGCAGAUGACAAACAAUUAGUGAAUAUAAAAACCGAGACAAACAGCGAAGAAAUACAGAGUGAAUGGUUUAGAGGGGACAGCACAGUUGUUUCUAUUGAUGGGCAUGAUGCUUCAAAGUGGGAAAAGUGUGAGAAUAUUAAGACAGAAGUUCAGGAGUGCUGUGAUGAAUUUCAGAGUGAGGAUUAUGUAACACAGAUUUGCAGCGAUACAUUAAAAUCUGCUUCCACACAUGACAAAACUGAGAUGAAAACUUUGUGUGCAACAGACUCAUUGAACCAUGUUGUUCCAUCUCAAAAUUUGUGUACAACAGACUCAUUGAACCAUGCUGUUCAAUCUCAAGACAAGCAGACUGAUGCAGCCAUGAAUCCAACAGUCAUCAUUUGUAUGACCUUGCCCUCUGAUCAAGACUGCUGCACAGAUGGUGUGAUUUCAAAUGUGGAAAAGAGUCUUGAAUCAGACAGAGAUUUGCUGUUAUUAAAUGCUGGUCGUUCACAAGAUUCAGCUGUUUCAGAUGCAGGUUCAUGCAAUAGAACUGAUACCAAUCCCAUUCUCCUGGGACCUGAAUUGAACCAGUCUUCCAAGAAACAGGAGGAAAGGACUAUCCACACUAGUGCUAAAUCAGAAUUUGUUGCAGAUCAGACUGCCUCUUCUUUAGCCAGUGCUCCAAGGAACAGGCAUGUGCUGGUCUCAUCUGGGCAAGAUCUUCAACAAACAUCAGCAGAUUUAACCCACACAGUUACAGUUGCAGCACCUACCUAUAGUUUACAUGGAGCUUCAGCAAACACCUUUGUUUCUAGUCCAGAGUCUACAUCGGUUGCUAGAAACUCUCAGAUGGGUGUCACAUGUGCAUCAAAGACAUCAGUGGCUUGCCCUGAACCAUCACAAGCUAUCAGCGAUCCUCAUGGUGGCACGGCACAUGUAGAAAGUAUACAGGAAUCAGAAACAUAUCCUGCUCUCAGGAGUGAAGAGGACAUCAUAAUAAAAGAACUCUUUCUGUGCGGACUGUGCAGCCAGACGUUCUGCAGCAUAGAGGCAGUUGGUGACCACAUGAGGAGCUCACAUCCUGAAGCUGUGGGACUCUUAAACAGAAACACCACAGGAAAUCUGCCAAAUUCUGCCUCUAACCAAGGACAGGAGAUAGCUACAAGGAAGAAGAAACCUGGCCGUAAGAAGAAGUCCGAGAUGAUUCGCCUGGAAGCGGAGAGGAAAGAGGAGACGGAGGAUGAAGACUGGCAGCCGGGACGGGACCUUGGAGUCCGCCACGACGGUCGCAAGCGGAGGAAAACGCGACCACCACGAGCUCUCAAGAAAGACUACUACAUAGAGACGGAGAAGAAAGUGUCCCCAUCGGGCAAGAAGCGGCGCAAUCGGUAUUCCAUCGUGGACAGCCACUUCAUCAAGUGUCAGGUGUUCGGCUGCCAGGCGAGGUUCAUGUUCCGAGAGUCGCUGGAGUAUCACCUGCGGUGCCACGACGACUGCGGCUACCUGACGUGUCCCGAGUGUCGGCAGGAGUUCAGGAUGUGGUCCGUGCUCAAGCUGCACCUGUGGAAGGACCACCGUGUCGACCUCGACCUGUUUCAGUGUGACGAGUGUCAGUACAAGGUGGACACGGUGCGCAAACUCAACAUUCAUAAGGAGAUCCACAGCGACAGUCGGCCGUACACCUGUGAUAUCUGUGGGAAAGGUUUCAAGCAGUUCAGUCAGAUGAAGAACCACCAGGUGAUCCACGAGGGUCGUGACCCGAAGAGCUCGAGCAGCUGGUACGGGGUGAAGCAGUGUAAGACGUGCGAGCGGUGGUACGCCAACAAGAAGUCGCUCCAGAAACACGUGGAGGCCGUCCACCACAAGGUGCGGCCAUUCACCUGCCCCUUCUGUGAGCACACCGCCGCCAGGAAGGCCAUGAUACAACUCCACAUCAGAACUCACACCGGGGAGAAACCCUUCACGUGCAAUGUGUGCCAGUACUCGACGGGGGACCACAACUCGAUGCGAAAGCACCGCAUGCGUCACACAGGCCAGCGCCAGUACAAGUGUAAGUACUGCUCAUACUCGUGCAUCCAGGCGAUCUCGCUCAAGUCUCACCUGCGCACCAAACACCCGGGCAGGGAGGGCGUCUACCUGUGUGGCUCGUGCAGCUUCAAGACCGUCAACAAGAUCCACUACGACAACCACCUGGCCGACCACCGGAACGGGCUCGUCCAGGCGUCAACCGUCACAGCUACACACGAGGAGAAACCCAAACGGACCCGCGUCAUCCAGCAGAGGGCGGGGAAUUCGUUGAAAUCGGAGCCAGUGAUACAGGUUGAGAAUUUGUUGAAACCGGAACAGGUGAUACAGGUUGGGAGUUGUGCAGUGAAACCAGAUCCGGUUCAGGUUGAGAUGCAGAUGCAGACCAUGGACUCGGGCGAGGCUCAGAUCAGCGUCGAAGAUCUCGCCAGACUCACAAACUGCGCCGGGUUACUCUCAGGGGAGGUAACUGCGGUUCAGCUGAUCUACUCUGCGCUGAGCGCCAUCUCUCAGAACUCACAGACAGACGGGACGCAGACCACGCAGCUGGCCGGCGGGAUAGAGACGGUAAUCCGGUCGGAGUCUGGUGGUCCAGGGGUGACAACUCACACCAUUACGUUCAGAGUGCCGGCCAAAGGGAUUUCCAGUCACGUUCAGGCUGAGCAGGUUAUUUACGCAGAGCCAGUGGAGGUUGUGGAUGGUGGAAAUAUGGACGAGCAGACAACUCUGCAGAUAGAUCUAGAUGCGGUGACUGUGACAAGUGUAGAUGGAGAAACUAAUGUUGACUUGUCUAAUACAGGGAACUAAAGUCUGUGAGGAGUGUAGAUGGAGAAGCUAAUGUUGACUCGUCUAAUAUAGGGAACUGGAGUCUGUGAGGAGUGUAGAUGGAGAAACUAAGGUUGACUCGUCUAAUACAGGGAACUAAAGUCUGUGAGGAGUGUAGAUGGAGAAACUAAUGUUGACUCGUCUAAUACAGGGAAGUAAAGUCUGAUAGCACAUUGUUAACAAUUAUGAUAAAUUACUCUCCUACCUUUAAUUACAGUUAGAUUGUACACACAUUUUGUCCAGAUAGAAAUCGUGAAAAAACAUGUCACCUACAUGUAUAUCGACUUUGCCUUAGAUCUACCAAUUUGCUUUUUUUUAUGGAAUACUCUUCAAGAGGGGUUGAUUCUUCCAAACUAUCCGACGUCAUAAUGAUUGCUUUAUACCUUUAAAAUGCAAAAUGGCAGCCAACAAAAAGUUGCAUUAUUUUUGUACUAGGAGAUUUCAGCGAAGUCGAUAUAGGCCACAUCGUUACAAUAUAGUAUGUGAAAGCUGUGUUAUUGUAAUGGUUUUUCCACUAUUUGUGUCUGGAUAUAAUGGUGAACAAAUCUAGCAGUAAUUACAGAUCUGAGAGUAAUUUAUAGUAGUUGUUAACAAUGUGGUUCUGACUUUAGAUCCAAUGAUCUUUGGUUUUGUACAAUAAAUACGUACAUCUCCGAGUAA